AUGAAAGCUUCCUCGAUCCUGCUCAUCUUCCCACAAAUCCCUUUCCAGACGAUGCUGCGCGACUCGGACGGAGUGAUGUUGAGGCUGCUGGGACUCCUCGUCCUGUCCUCCCUCUGCUCAGCCAUGCUGCGACGAAACCCUGCCAAAAUGGAGUCCAGUGAAGAGGACGGCUCCACCUCGGACCCCAACACCUUCCACUGGUCUGGCUCAGAUGAGGGGGGGCCUUCUGAGUCAUCGGAGGAAACUUCUAACUGGUCACCUGUCUCUCGCAGCGGCCCCCUGCCGAUGCCCCCUGCACAACCAUGGCCACCCAGCGGCAACAUGACCGAUGGCCCCCACAAGCUCCGGAUGCUGGACGAAACCAACCAGAUGACGCCACUCAUGCCUGAUACAUCGAUCUGCGACAUGCUGCUGAACGCAGCGGUACCACCGCCUAUGGACCAGAUUCCAUUUUUCUGCAUCUGUUCGCACUGUAAAGGCACCAUGGGACCCAAAGGAGAUCGUGGAGACCGGGGUCCUCCAGGUGAACCUGGGAGUCCUGGGAGAAGAGGAAUGAUGGGGUUCAAAGGUCGAGCAGGAUUCACAGGCCCUCAGGGGAUGAAGGGUCAGAAGGGAGACCUGGGGGAGAAAGGGCAGACCGGCCCCGUCGGUUUCACCGGGACAAAGGGCGAGCGAGGCUUGAAAGGGGAGAAAGGGGACCGAGGAUUGAUAGGGCCUGAGGGUGCACAGGGCCCCCAGGGAGAAACCGGGACAUGCCCUGCCUCCUGUGAGAGUGUCCAGGGUCCACCAGGUGUACAAGGCCUCCCUGGACCAGCUGGAGCCCGCGGCUUACCUGGGGUCAAGGGAGAUGUGGGACCCAAAGGUCUUAUGGGUGAUAAAGGUGACAUGGGUACACCUGGUGUCCCCGGGAUAAAUGGCAAGAAGGGUGAUCAAGGUGAGCGGGGGGUAUGUGAGUGCACAGAUGGGAUGGGCGGCGCUGAGGGGAGACCAGGAGAAAAGGGGGCUAAAGGGGACAAAGGUGACAUUGGUGGCCAAGGUUUACAGGGCCCCAUUGGGCCAAAAGGCAACCAGGGCAUUAUUGGUCUCAUUGGACCACCUGGUCCCUGCUCCCCAGCCAUCCAAUCAGCAUUCACCGCACUCAUCAACCAGUCGUUUCCUACUAGCAACUGGCCCAUAGCUUUCCCAAUUGUAAUUACCAACCAGCAAGGGCACUUCAACCCCCUCGCUGGCAUCUACACAGCUCCUGUCAACGGCACCUACGUCUUCUCCUACAACCUUGCGGUCGCCUUCAGGAUGCUUAAAGUUGGCCUGUUCCGUAACCUCUACCCUGUAAUCAGAACAACAGAAGGAAACGACCAAGCCACCACCAGCCAGACUAUCGUCCUCCACCUCACUAUGGGAGACCAGGUGUGGCUGCAGGUGAAGAAUUCUGAGACUAACGGCCUUCACACCGACACUGAGAGCAGCAGCACGUUCUCUGGGUAUCUGCUGCACCCUGACUCUUGCGAAAUUCCCUUGGGCCGACAUCACCUGCAACCAAAGACGUUUAAGUGGGAAGACUUUGGCUGGGAUGGUCCACAAGGCACUAAUACUCUUCUACCAUAG